AUGGCAGAACUGCUUCAACACCCACAAACAAUGCAAAAAUUCCAAGAAGAAUUGGAACAAGUAGUAGGAAUUGAAAACAUUGUAGAAGAGUCCCAUCUCUUCCAACUCCCCUACUUGGAUGCAGUCAUAAAAGAAGCCCUCCGUUUGCAUCCCCCGCUGCCCCUCCUAAUCCCACACUCUCCUAGUACAUCUUGCAUCAUUUCCGGGUACACUAUCCCAAAGGGCUCGCGGAUACUCGUCAAUGCAUGGGCGAUGCAAAGGGACCCCGAGGCCUGGGGGCAUCCACUGGAGUUUAAACCAGAGAGGUUCUUGGAAGAUGCUGCAAGUGCUGACUACCAAGGCAACAAUUUCAACUUUCUGCCAUUUGGGUCAGGGAGGAGGAUUUGUGCUGGCUUACCUCUAGCUGAGAGGAUGCUGCCAUAUGCUGCCAUAUGGGAGGAUAAGGGUUGA